AUGGCCCGCGUCCCUGCCGCCCUCGCGCUCUACCAGCUCGUCCAGAUCGUUGCGCUGCCCGUGGAGCACCCGGCCCGCCACCUCUCCCUCUCCUGCCACUGCCUCGCCGAGAAUGUGGACGGGUCGGACGCCGUGCUGUGCCCAAUGUGCGUCGCAAAGCACUGCCCGGGAGUCGACGCCAACGUGCAUUGCACCAACCCGCUGUACGAGGACUUUGACACGACCAAGAAGCAGGAAUGCGCCGGCAGCGUGACGGGGCUCAAGGACCGCAACUCCGCCGAGAAGUGUCGCGCCUCUUGCCUCGAUCACGCCAAGGACAACGGCUACUCUGGCGACUUUUGCUGCCAGUACAAGAGCGACGGUGACAAGUGCCGCGUGGCAGAGGAUGGGAGCACGGCGCUGAGCGGCAACAAGAAGUGGAACGCCUUUUUUGCGUGCUCGGCCUCGCCCAACACCAACCCGGUCUUUACGUGCGACGCGGACGGCUCCAACCCCCACGCCAGCUGCUACGGCACCCUCUCCACCUGCGAGGGCGGCACCGGCGCCGCGUGCACCUCGUACGCGCCCUUUGUCGAGGGCGACACGCUGUACGGCCUCGCCGCCGUCUCUGCUGGGCUGAGCGGCGCGAUGGAUCAGUGCAACCAGUGCUACUCGAUGGAGCUGACCAACUCGAACAGCGCGGCGGUGAGCAAGAUGGUGGUCAUGGUGACCAACACUGGCGAUCUGAAGAGCGGCUUCGCCUUUGACCUCCUCGUCCCAGGCGGCGGCUUUGGCGAGUUUACGGGUUGCUCGCAGAUGGCUGGCUGGGACGUCUACUCGGCGGAGGGCGGCGGCUGCUCCGCCGACAGCGAUACGGCCAGCUGUGCGCGGUAUGGUGGGUUCUACACUUCGGACCUCUGCGCCAAGGCGUUCCCCGGCGACACCACCGCCUCGGCCGCCUGCCACGACGUCCUCUUUGGCGUCUUUCCGCCGCAGGAUCUGCCCGCGAGCUGCCCAGGUACCUACGACCCGGCCCGGGCGGCGGAGUGCCCAAUGUUUCGCGACAACCUCGAGGUUGCCAACGUGGUGCCGGUCGAGUGCCCCGCGCAGCUCACCGGGGCCGUCUCCACCUGCGAGGCGUGCGGUUCGAGCGGCUUUGACUGCGGCGCCAUUUGCGGCGAGCCCUACGACCAGUGCAGCUGCGGCGCGCUGCAGGAUAUGUGCCCGCAGUGA